AUGAGCCUCCGUCGGGAUCUCGGUCUAGACUCUACGACUACUAUGGUGGCUGCUGCUGAUCCGACUGUCGCAACCCCCGUGGCGCCUACCCCGCCGAGCAGCAGCAGCAGCAGCCGCGCGUCGCCGCCUCCGCCGCGCGCAUCGGCGGCUGCGCCGGCUCCGGUCCCGCCGGGCUCGGCGGCGCUGAACGGCUUGUAUGAGGGGACGAACGUCCGACCGCCGAGGCAGCAGCAGCAGACGGCGCAGCAGCAGCAGCAGCAGCAGCAGCAGCAGCAGCAGCAGCAGCAGCAGCAGCAGCAGCAGCAGCAGCAGCAGCAGCAGCAGCAGCAGCAGCAGCAGCAGCAGCAGCAGCAGCAGCAGCAGCAGCAGCAGCAGCAGCAGCAGCAGCAGCAGCAGCAGCAGCAGCAGCAGCAGCAGCAGCAGCAGCAGCAGCAGCAGCAGCAGCAGCAGCAGCAGCAGCAGCAGCAGCAGCAGCAGCAGCAGCAGCAGCAGCAGCAGCAGCAGCAGCAGCAGCAGCAGCAGCAGCAGCAGCAGCAGCAGCAGCAGCAGCAGCAGCAGCAGCAGCAGCAGCAGCAGCAGCAGCAGCAGCAGCAGCAGCAGCAGCAGCAGCAGCAGCAGCAGCAGCAGCAGCAGCAGCAGCAGCAGCAGCAGCAGCAGCAGCAGCAGCAGCAGCAGCAGCAGCAGCAGCAGCAGCAGCAGCAGCAGCAGCAGCAGCAGCAGCAGCAGCAGCAGCAGCAGCAGCAGCAGCAGCAGCAGCAGCAGCAGCAGCAGCAGCAGCAGCAGCAGCAGCAGCAGCAGCAGCAGCAGCAGCAGCAGCAGCAGCAGCAGCAGCAGCAGCAGCAGCAGCAGCAGCAGCAGCAGCAGCAGCAGCAGCAGCAGCAGCAGCAGCAGCAGCAGCAGCAGCAGCAGCAGCAGCAGCAGCAGCAGCAGCAGCAGCAGCAGCAGCAGCAGCAGCAGCUGCUGCAGCAGAAGAGAAGCUUUGCUGCUAGCGCAUUCGACGCCGCGACUGCCGGCGCCGAUAGCGGCACGGUCGCGGCGCUGCACCUGCUGCUAGCAGCGCUCGUGGCCACAACCAGCGGCGGCGGCGGCGGCGGUGGCAGCAACAGCAGCGCGGCAUCGGGAAUGCCUCCGCCGACAAAGAGAAUCAGGCUAGGAGCAAACCACGCCGGAGGAUCAUCUGCUCCCGCUGCUGCUGGUGCCGGUGGUGCCGGUGCGGCUGGUUACGCGCGUGGUGGUGCGGGCGGCGCGGGCCUUAUUCGCCCCGCUCCAACUGUGAUUACGACGGCGGAAGGGCUGCUUCCUGCCGGCGCAGGCGCAGGCGCUGGCGGGGGCGCUGGCGGCGGGGACUUUUAUUAUAACGACGGCUAUACUAAUAACGAGGGUGGGAUUGUGGCGGGGGGAGUGUUCGGCGCGCCGAGCGAUUAUAUGGCGGCGCUCCCGCACACGCCGUCGUCGCAUCUUCCGCCGCUGCAGAGCCCCACGUCGCCCGUCGGCGCGUUCGCCGCAUCAUGCGCGCUUCCGUCGUCGCCCAUGUCGCCCAUAUCGCCCGCGUCGCCCGCGUCGCAGACCGUCGUGCAUCACCCCAUCAUUCACGGCUUCUCGCCGGUUUCCGCGCCGAUGCCCGCGGCAGGCGCAGCGCAGUACCUUCCCGCGGGAUUCGCGCGCGCGUUCCCGCAGCAAUCUCCGCCGCCCCACUGCGUCUCGAUCCCGCUCCCCAUCUCUCCGCGCGGCCCGUUCCCCGCGUCGCCAAUGUCCUCCGCUCCGCGCCCGCCGUUCUCCGCGGGCAUGGCGUCUUCCGCGCCCAACGCGCCCGGAUCUUGCGCCUUCACGCAGCGCACGCCACAAUACAAGGGCGUGCGCCAGCGGCGCUGGGGGAAGUGGGUGUCGGAGAUCCGCGAGCCGCGCAAGCGCUCGCGCAUUUGGCUGGGGUCAUACGACACGGCGGAAGACGCGGCGCGCGCGUACGACACCGCCGCGCGCCUGCUCCGCGGACGGCGCGCGAGCCUCAACUUCCCGAACAGCUACGCGACGGUUCCGCUGCCGUCCGCGACGGCGGAAGCGCUGCUGCGCGCGAGUAAGGAGGCGGCGCGCGUGCUGGGAUUGAAACCCGACGAGAUCGUUUGGGAGGCCGCGGAGGCGGCGGGGCUCGCGAUUCGGCCGAGCGCGGCGGCGACGGCGGCGGCGCUGGCGGCGGGAGGAGCGGGGGGGGCGGGCGCGGGGGGCACAGUCCCCGCCCCUGGGGUAACGCCUGGCGGAAUGGCUGGCGGAAUGCCCGGGGGAACGUCUGCGCCUGUGGAGGUUGGCGCAGCAGCAGUGGGGGCAGAAGCGGCAGCAAUGGGUGUGGAGGAGGAGGAAGAGGAAGGGGGAGGAGGGGAGGGGGAGGGAGAGGCGGAGGGAGAAGAGGAGGUGGAGGUGAAGGGUGGAGGAGCGGAGCUGAUUCGGGAUGUGAAAGUUGAUCGGUUGUCACAUGGUAGUGUGUACCAUGCUGCUGCUGCUGGUGCUGCUGGUGCUGCUGGUGCUGGUGUUGCUGGUGCUGGUUCUAUUGGUGCUGCUGGCACUGCACCACCACCAGCUGCAGGAGCAGCAGCAGCAGAAAGAGGAGGCACGGCAACUCUGGCAGGUGCUGAUAUGCCGCUAAUUGCUGCUACUGCUGCGGGUGCCACUGCCACCGUCGCCACUGCUGGCACCAUGGGCAUGAGCAGUCAAAGAUUGAGGGAAGCCUCUCAGAGCCCGCGAAUCAGCAGCGGUGCAGCAGGCUCAGGAGGAAUUGGAGGCGCAGCAGGUAUGGCAGGCAUAGCAGGCAUGUCUCCCAGGAGCUUCAGCCCUUAUAUGAGGAACUUCAGCAUCGGGCCUACCAUAGGCCUGGGCGUGGGGACAAGCAUGGGCGUGGGCAUGGUCACAUGGAUGGGGAUGGGUGAAGUGCGGUACCCAAUGGGGGAGCAGGGUAGUCCUUUGGUGAUGGAGCUGGUAGGGGAUGACAUGGGCAUGGGGGACACGUGGCAGCAGGAGGCAGAUGUGAUGUGGAACAUCUGA